GACGCUCUAUCCGCCGGCGCCGCGCCUCUGUGGUGAUCCGGAGACCGGAAGCGGCGGUCGGCGGCGCUGCGGCUUGGGGCCGAGGCCGGAGGUCGCUGGCGCGGUGACCCCAGCAGUGCCCUCCUGGGAGGGCCUUGGGGCACCCAGGGUGAGAAUCGCUGCUUCAGGCAGAGUAGAUCUGAAGUGCUCUUUCGUGGAGAAGCGGAGCUGAUAGGGACCUGCAGAGGUCACUCCCGCCUGAGGCAGCUUCUGCCCUGUCCAAGCCACCCUCUCCAGCGCACAAUCUAAUCUCUGCAGAAGACUGCCGUGGACUCUGACAUGACACAGACCUAAUACCUUAUUCCUUGGAUCAAGGGAGUGGCAAGCAGCCUGUAUAAUCCACAUUGAUCUUGGAUCUGUGCUGUGUGAAGCAUCUAGAGGUACUGUGGGGAACUGGUCAGCUGUUACACUGACUGACCACGCUGGUAUCCACCGUCCCCAAGUCUCUGAAGUUCUGGAACCUGCACUGCUUACGGAAGGAAACGGCCAAUAUGUCAAUCCACGGUUGUUCCCACACCAGGGGUGUUGUUCAGGCACCAGUUAUGGAUCUGCCUGUUUGCUAGCACAGGUGAACCUCCACAAGGGCCUGAUUUUGCAAGUGAUGGGCUCGGAGAACAGCGCUUUAAAGAACAACACGCUAGAAAAACAGCCAUUUACUUUACCAAGCGGAAUCAAAAUUUACCCAGCUGUGCUGCAAGAUGGCAAGCUUGCCUCAGUCUGUGUGUAUGAAAGAGAAAAUGAAGACAAGGUUAAUAAAGCUGCCAAGCACCUGAAAACCUUGCGCCACCCUUGCCUUCUACGCUUCCUCUCUUGCACUGUGGAAACAGAUGGAAUACACCUGGUGACAGAGCGGGUAAAACCUUUGUCAGUAAUUCUGAAGUUACUCUCCUCUGCUGAGAUCUGCUCAGGGAUUUAUGACAUAUUGCUGGCUCUUGUCUUCCUCCAUGAAAGGGGAAACCUAACGCAUAACAAUGUCUGUUUAUCAUCCGUGUUUGUAAGUGAGGAUGGGCACUGGAAACUAGGAGGAAUGGAAACAGUAUGUAACCUUAAUGAAGCUACUCCAGAGUUCCUGCGUGAAAUCAAGUCAGUGAGAGACCAGGCAGGCAUCCCUCCUGAAGAGAUGUCUGCAGAUUUCUGCAUUCUUUCUGAAAGCCAUGGACAUGCCCGAGAUGCCUAUUCGUUUGGAACAAUGAUUGAAAAUCUGCUGACAAUCUUGAAUGAUCAGGUUUCAGCAGAUAUUCUCUCAAGUUUUCAACAAACCUUGCACUGCACACUGCUGAAUCCAGAUCCAAAGUGCCGUCCACCCCUGUCCAGCUUGCUUUCUCAUGAGUUCUUCAGGAAUGAUUUCCUGGAAGUUGUGAACUUUCUGAAAAGUUUAACAGUAAAGACAGAAGAGGAGAAAACUGAAUUUUUCAAAUUCCUGCCGGAUAGAGUGGCCUGCUUUUCAGAAGAGCUGAUAGCUUCGCGGCUGGUGCCUCUUUUACUCAAUCAGCUUGUGUUUGCUGAGCCUGUAGCUGUCAAGAGUUUCCUUCCUCAUCUGCUAGGUCCAAAGAAAGAUAAUAUUGGAGACUGCCACACAAGUUAUCUGCUCUCACCAGCCCUGUUCCAGACUCAUGUCAUCCCUGUGCUGCUGAAGCUGUUUGAGGUUCACGAGGAGCAUGUUCGAAUGGUGUUGCUGUCUCACAUCGAUACCUAUGCAGAACUGUUCACACGGGAUGAAUUGAAAAACAUCAUAUUGCCACAGGUUUUACUGGGCCUUCGAGAUUCUAGUGAUAACAUUGUGGCAAUAACAUUGCACAGCUUAGCAGUCCUUGUCUCUCUGCUUGGACCUGAGGUGGUUGUAGGUGGCGAAAGAAGCAAGAUUUUCAAGCGCUCUGUACCAAGUUUCACUAAAACUACGGACCUUUCCCCAGAUGACUCCCCAGUUUGCAUUUUGAGCAAUCAAAGAAAUCAGCUGUCCCAGCCCCUACAGAAGAACUCCUCCAGUGUGUAUCCUAAGUGCCCCAUCUCUGAGAAUGUGCCCAUCAGCAGCAAGAAAUAUCCAUCAAGACCAGACACUCAUGUGGCCCUAAAGAUGAGCAAGCAAGACCCUCAGCUGUCCCUAAACGGAUUGCCUGAGGGAAUAAAUGCUUUGGGGAACAGCAGAAGCAUCUUGAAUAUUUCUGAAAAGCUGUCAGAGGAGUGGCCAGACUGGAGUGAGUCUGAGGACACAGAAACUGACAAAACUGUGAACAUACAGAUCCAAACAAGAGAACCUUGCAGCAGUACUGACCCCUAUUUUGCUGAACAUAAUGCAGAUGAGGAACCCUGGGACGACUUUGAACCCAGCAGCCCCAAUCCUGAACUGUCCUCAGGGAACAGCCUUGAUGUGACAACACCUGAUGCAGUCACAGGGCAGAGACUGUUUCCUCCUAUCCUCCAACUGAGCAGAGAAUCCAGAAGCCUCAAACUGAGUCCUCCCCUGAAGUCCACCCCCAUGAACAGCUGGAGCAAUGACAACUGGGAGUUCCCAGACAAGCUGGGAAAAACCACCAUGCUGCCAAAAACACUUCAGGAGAGGCCAAAGUCUGCAAUGGAGACUGGUUUAGGAGAAGAGUUCACUAUCCAAGUAAAGAGGAAACCAGUGCAAGACCCUGAGUUGGACUGGUUUGCUGACAUGAUCCCAGACAUUAAACCAUCUUCACCACUCUUGCUUUUACCUGAACUGAGGACUGAAUCAGUUGGUCCCAGUUACGUAGAUGCAGAUUCCAACAGUGAAGACGUCUCCCAGAUCAUGCCAUUCUCAUCCAGAUUUGCAGCAGUUGAAGUUACCGAGGCUGAUGCUGCAGGCUGGGAUGAAGAAGAAGAGCUGAACUGGGAGGAUGACACUAACUGGUGAAGGACAGGUGGAGGCAAGAGCUUUCUGUGACUUACCAGAUUCUCCAGGAAGAGUCACUGCUUCCAAGCUAUUAUGGAUCAAUACCUCACCACCCCUACCAGGAAGAGGCACUUGCUCUAGCACUCAGUAAGAUCCCAGUGCAGCUUAACUGCCUGCAACAGGAUGCUCUUUCUUCCAGCCUGUGCCAAAAUACUGAGGUCAAGGCCUGUGCUCAAGCCAUAUGUACAAGGAAGGUGCAUAGCACUGCUGUUGGAAGAACAGUGUCAAGGGUCUGUGUAAUGGUACCAACACACUACUGGAGGAGGAGAGGGAAUUUAUCCUUAUAUUCCAGGAAUCAUCAGUGCUUUGGAAAACUCUUGAAAAUAAAUGAAAAUUGCAUUAAUUGAGCUAAAUUGUUCCUGUUUGUACCACUUCUUUUUUUGGAGAAAAAGGCUUUGACUUUUCAGGUACAAAAGGCAAUCAUUUUAGACUGACUCUACUUGGUACCUGGAUGACCUAUUUAUUUCUGUUUACAUGCUGUGCUGCUAGGAGACUGUUAACGGAGGGAGUGUUUGAUACAAACUGUAUCGCAGCUCAAAAUCCACUCCUCUUUAAACCUGACCAAUAAAGAGUAUUUUCAAAAGAUGAAUGUUGGAGUGGAACAGCAGCUAAGCACCGGUUCCUGCUGGGGCCACGCAGCAGCUGGUGUGGUGGCAGUCUCAGUCUUGUGGGCAAAGCUGCCACCAUUGCUGUGUGGCUGAGGCUGGAGGCAGCACACACUCUGUGCUCCCCGCCCUGGCCCAGAGCAGGGGGCCCAACAGGAGCCGGAGCUGUGAGACACCUUCUCAACUUACAAAGUCACCCCUCCCUAAGUUGAGUCACCCUUUACCCAAGAAGGAAAAGUCAAGGCAUUAACAAGUCAAAACUGAACAGCAUUGGGAGAACUGCGUGGGUGAGGAGUUUGUAGCAGGUGUCGACAUUAUGCUUGAUCUCAGCCAGUGCUGACACAUAUUAAAAACUCAAAUCUGAUUCCAGUCGCAGAGCAGUCUGAUUU